CCAAGCGAUCCCAAAUGGGCGGCUCCGGAGCCCGCCCGACGUCUCCCCUCCCUCUGGGUACAUUAUCUGUCUGCUUGUCGCCACUCAGCACCCUCGAGAUCAUGGGGAAACUAGUGGCGCUCACCUUACUCGGGGCCAGCUUGGCCUUUUUCGGGGAGAGGAUACUGACAUUAAGAGGAAAACUGAAUGCUGUGUCCCGAAAAGUGGUGUCUGUGGAACUUCAGAACUGCCAAUUUAUUGAAGGACUUGAAAAUGGCUCUGAAGAUAUCGACAUACUUCCUAGCGGGCUGGCUUUUAUCUCCACUGGACUAAAAUAUCCAGGAAUGCCAUCCUUUGCACCAGAUGAGCCCGGAAAAAUCUUCCUGAUGGAUCUUAAUGAGCAAAAUCCAAAGCCACAGGCAUUAACAUUCAGUGAUGGUUUUGACAAAGAAAUAUUUAACCCACAUGGGAUCAGUACUUUCAUCGACAAAGACCACACUGUGUAUCUUUAUGUUGUGAAUCAUCCCGACAUGAAGUCCACUGUGGAGAUAUUUCAAUUUGAUGAUAAGCAGCGUUCUCUCAUACACUGGAAAACCAUAACACACGAACUUCUCAAGAGUGUGAAUGAUAUCGUGGCUGUAGGACUAGAAGAAUUCUAUGCUACAAGAGACCACUAUUUUAACUGCUUCCCCUUAACAUUGCUUGAGAUCAUCUUAGAACUUCGCUGGACUUAUGUUCUUUUCUACAGCCCAAGAGAGGUCAAAGUGGUGGCCACAGGAUUUCAAUCUGCCAAUGGGAUCACAGUCUCACAGGACCAGAAGUAUGUCUAUGUAGCUGAUGUAUCCGAUGCCACCAUUCACAUAAUGGAAAUACAUGAUAAUUGGAAUUUAACUCAACUGAAGAGAAUACACUUGGGCACCUUACCAGAUAACUUGAAUGUUGAUCCUGCCACGGGAGAUAUCUUGGCAGGGUGCCAUCCAAAUGCCCUGAAAAUUUUGUUCUAUAACCCCGAGGAUCCUCCAGGGUCAGAAGUACUGCGCAUCCAGAAUGUAUUAUCUGAUAAACCCACAGUGAAAACAGUGUAUGCCAAUAAUGGCUCUGUGCUUCAAGGCAGCUCUGUGGCUUCUGUGUACCGUGAGAAAAUGCUCAUAGGCACCGUGUUCCAGAAAGCUCUCUACUGUGUGCCCUAGACUUCAGACAUUCCAAAAGUCUAUGUAUUUGAUAAAUGCAAACUUGUAAUCAUUUGAUAAGUGAAACUCCAAAAAAGUAAUAAAUAAAAAUAAAAAAUGUGUUAGGCUUUUCUUAAGGCUAGAAGUAUAGGUAUAAAGAGGUUACAAAAAGUCAUGGUAGUGAUUGUCAAUCAUCCCUAAUACUUUUCCCACUUCAGAUGUGUGUGGGCUGUGAACCCUGAAUUUUCAGCUUACCUGAGUAGCCAAACUUGUUUCUUUGGAGUGUUCCACAGCCCAGACCAGGAAAAAAUAAAUGAAUACUCAAGUAUUUACAAUUCAUAUUCUCCUCAGCCAGUUGUGUGGAGGUAACAGCUACUAAUCAUAUAUCCUAGUCUUCAGCA